AAAAAAAUUAAUGUUUCCCUCAGUCAUAGGUUAAAUUGUUCAUAAAAUACAAAUUUGGUUGUUCCAGGUCAGAAUUUCCAAACCAACUUGACAUACCCGUCUAAAAUCACGGUAUGCCCUCCUUUCCCUCCCUCAUUAUUGGGUAAACUGAAGGUCAACGAAGUUGUUCACAAAAUGGACUCCAUAAUAGCUUCAGUGGGGGCGGAAAUGUAUGUAGGGGGCAAGUAUUCUCCCCGUGAAUGCAUGGCCCGUCAUAAAGUUGCGAUAGUGGUGCCAUAUCGCAAUCGGAAAGCUCAAUUGGCCCUUUUCUUGGAACACAUGCAUCCAAUACUGAAACGACAGCAACUGGAUUACGGCAUUUAUGUAGUGAACCAAGCGGAUUCGAAUGAGUUCAACCGUGCCAUGCUGUUCAAUGUGGGCUUUGUUGAGGCUCUGAAAGAGGCCAAUUGGGAUUGCUUCAUCUUUCACGAUGUGGAUCUUUUACCAGAGGACGACAGAAAUCUCUAUACAUGUCCCGACACUCCUCGACACAUGUCAGUAGCUGUGAACACCUUCAAAUAUGAACUACCUUAUCCCGGCAUUUUUGGUGGAGUAAUAGCCCUAACGAAGUCCCACAUAUUGACAGUAAACGGGUUUUCUAACCAAUUCUGGGGUUGGGGAGGCGAGGACGAUGAUAUGGCAAAUCGAGUUACUCAUAAUAGAAUAACCGUAUCUAGAUACAAGCCCGCAAUCGCCAGAUACACGAUGGCCAAGCAUAAAAAAGAGAAACCAAGUGAGCAAGGAGUGGAGAUUCUCAAAAAUGGUCGUAAGUACUUCCACACUGAUGGACUCAACAAUCUUCAAUACGAUUUGGUGUCCAAAAAGCAGUUUCUCUUGUACACAAGCAUCUCUGUGGCGCUCAAACAUGUCCAGCCAUUGGCAUUGUUACCCGCAUCAAACUCGUAAUAAGGGCAUUGAUUUUGACUGAACUUAUUGUGCUAGAUUCGCACCUUCUCUUCAAAGAGGAGAGUCCAACUUUGUUAUCGUCUGUCUUGUUUUGGCAAAGAAGAGCUACAAUAUA